AUGAAUGAUUGCAUUGACUAUUCCAAAGGGUGUGAGGCUUGUCAAAGGCACAGCCCAAUCCAGCAGGCUCCUUCAGUUCCCAUGAAUCCAGUGGUAAAGCCAUGGCCUUUCAGAGGAUGGGCAAUGGGUCUCAUUGGCAAGAUCUAUCCAGCCAGUAGCAAGCAACACUGUUUUAUCAUUGUAGCUACAGACUAUUUCACCAAAUGGGUGGAAGCCAAGCUUGUUAAAUCCACUACAUCUCAAGAGAUCAUCACUUUCAUAGAAGAGCAGAUCAUACAAAGGUUUGGCAUUCCAAAAUCAAUCACAACUGACAGGGGAUCUUCUUUCAUAUUUGGAGAAAUGCUAGAUAUGGCAUAG